AUGGUCUCCAACGAGAGCGAAAGGCGCGCCGCCAGCGAGGGGCGUGCCAGCGACGAUGAGGAGAACGCGCCGUUGAUAUCAGAUGGACCGCAGCAGCAGGGCGAGGCAUGCGGCGCCGCCGCCAGGGAAGGAGGUUCAGCCAGUAUUACCGCACCCAGCGGCCCGCCAGUCUGGCGCCGCCCGCUGGCAGCAUUGUGGGACAACGGGGUGGCCUGCGGGGUGGUAUCCUCGCUCUCAUUCACCCUGGCUUCAACCCUGGUGAAAUUGGUGCAGCAUGCAAUUCCGGUGUUUGAAAUCAUAUUGUGCCGAGCACUCUUUGCGGGGGUGACCACUGUGCUGAGCUGCCGGGCCAAGGGCCUUCCCAUAUUCGGCAGCACCGCGCCCCUGCCCAUCAAGCUGGCCCGCGGCAUUGUGGGCGCUACUGCUAUGAUCUGCUGUUACGAGAGCAUUGUCAGGCUGCCCCUGAGCGACUCGACCGUGAUUUUCUUCCUCAGUCCAGCCUUCACGGCCAUUUUGGGCUACCUGCUCCUGGGCGAGAAGUUUGGCUGGCUGACGGCGGCGGGGUGCAGCGCUAGCCUAGGAGGCGUGGUGAUGGUGGCGCAGCCGGGGUCCGCGGCUGUGGACUGGAGUCGCCAGCGCUUGCUUGGCAUGGUGUUUGGUUUUGCCGGCGCGGUGCUGGCUGCCGGUGCCUACAUCUGCAUCCGCCAGAUCGGCAAGCGGGAGCACCCUCUCACUAUCGCAAUGUACUUCCACACCUUUUCGUUCCUGGGCAGCGUGGUGCCGCUCUGCCUGGGCUACCCGCAGCCCGCGGUGCUGCCCUCUCCGGUCCAGGCAGUGCUGCUGCUGCUGCUGGCGGCCUGCUCCUUCACAGCCAACCUGCUCGUCAACCGAGCUUUCCAGAUUGAGCUGGCGGCCAAGGCGAGCGCGGUGAACUUCAGUCAGGUCAUCUUUGCCUGGACGAUAGGCACAGUUUUCUUCGACGACCCCUUGACGGUGUUGUCAGUUGUAGGCACAUGCCUGAUUGCGACGGGAGUGAUUGUGGUGAAUCUGGACAAGAUGGGACAGAAGCAUCAGUUGGGAACCACCUCGGACGCAGCAGGCGGCGCGGACAAGGACACAAGCCAGCAGCAGGAGCAGAGCAGGGGCUGGUCGGCAGCCGCGGCGUAA